AUGUUCAAACGAGGGGACCUCAGUGAGGGGAAGCAUUGUAGCCUAGAUAGCGUUGGCACGUAUGAGGAGAGAAGCUGCACGUCGAGUGAAGCAGCGGUUAAGGAUGCUCAGUUGGUAGGUGCAAGUGGGAGUGAAGACCAACGAGAGGGUCGCAAUUGCGUAUUGAGUAUUAGUCCUAUGGACAGUAAUUUAGGGUUAGGGUUGUUCAGGGCCCAGAAUGGUGUUGAAGAGAAUGGCGGAAGGUGGAAUAACUACGGAGAUGGGGAUGACCAUUUGGCCUACACAAGUCAGCCUAGGUCUAGCUUUAUCAACAAGGAUAGCAUAUUGCGUUAUAAUGGCAUUAGCAUUUCUGGGAAGGUCGAAAAAAUGACGGAUGGUCGGACCAAUGCAGGGGUACUAAACCGUCUUAGUGAAGAGUCGUGUUUGGGGAAGGCCCGCCAAGACAUCUCGGAGAGCUGCUCCACGGAGGCACCCCCCGCUUGUGCUAUCUGUAGGGAGGCGAAAAGGGGUGCAGUCAAUGGAGUGCGGAGGAAGGUGAUCAAAAGGGUGGAGAAGAAGGACCACCAGGGGAGCGGCGGUGAUGGGGGCAGGAGUGACACCAAUAGGGGGGACACCAAUCGGGGUGACCCCCCCCC